AUGUUUACAAAUUCAAUACCUUUUAGCUCUCAUCAUGUUUGUUUAUUCGAUAUAUGCACAUUGGGAUUACAUAGGAAAUCCUUGAAAGGUCUUCUUUUCCUUAGAUUCGUGAAUGUGCUGAUAGUUUUAUCCCAUAUUGGUUUUGCAAUGGCCUAUAUAUUUGUCACACUGCCGCUAAAGGAUGAUAAAGGGGUUACUCAGAACGGACAAAUAGGGGUCGACAUCCCACCUAGCGAAAUUAAAAUGCUUGAGAAGAAGCGGAUUGAGUGCUUGCAUGUAUUUGAUAAUGCGAAGAAACAGCCUGCUGAUAGUCUGAGGCUUGAAUCUGAGUUCAUUUUGAAAAUGGUCGAGUAUGUUGACUUGUAUGUUAGUGCUUUAAUAAACAUGGUUAAACUAUAUCCUUCUUUUGCGGUCAAAAUGUAUUACACGUGGGCUUCACCUUUGGGUGAAAGUCAAUGUAUUGCUUACGACGACUACCGAUAUGAGCUUGUGGCCAUUUAUUACAACCUGGCUGCAUACUUUGUAAAUAUGGCUCAGCAUCUUUCUGUUCAAGCGAAUGUUGGAAGCGCUUCAAGAUAUGAGAAAGAUUCUUAUCGAGGGUUGCUCAGAGCGGCAGGUUAUUUUGCUUUAGCCCAUAAUGUUCUAAAUGAUAUGAAACUUCAACGUAUUGGUGUCGCGGAGAUGCCAUUCGUGCUUGAUAAUGUUAUUGAUUUAUUUUGUUUUCUUGAAACCCUAUCACUCGCGCAGGCGCAAGAAAUUGGAACAACACGUUCACUUCAAGCAGACUCUAAGCAAUCCUCGGAUUUAUCUACAAGGCUGUGCCAUCAACUCUUUCUUCUUUAUAAGCAAUGCAAAGAGAUAUCAUGCAGAAUUGGAAGUUCUUCUAAACAUUUUCUGAUGAUAUCCACGUUAUGUGAGAUAAAGAUUGACGUGUUUUCCGUUCUCACAUACAAUUACGCGGCCUCCUGGGCAUUUAGUUCCUCACCUUCUAAUGGGCUUUGGUUUAUAAAUAGGGCAAGGAGCGGAGUGGCUGACUUACAAAAGCGCUCAAAAAGCUAUGCGAGCAUGAAAUCUUUUUAUAAUUGUGAAAGAUUCCUUCAGACUUGCUAUUCUACAGUAAAAAGAAAUGAUGAGCGUUUAAGAAAAAUUAACUCAUUGGUUCAUCGCACAAAGAUGGCGGAAGGUGAAGUUCCGCUGCCAUUGCCUCAGGUUCUUGCUGUUAAAGAGAAAAUUGAAUUACCAAUAGAACUUCCAAAAACAGUUACGAAUCAAUAAGCUUUUUUCAUGAAGAAGUUAGACACGAUGUGUUUGGCUCCUUAUUUACUGUUGUAAUACAUUGA